AUGUCUCUGCCCGCCGCCUCCAGGCUGCUGAGGACCACGCUCCGGACCCGGCUGAUGCCCGCGGCCAACCUGACGUACAAACCCGCCAAACACAACAUCUCUGCAGGGGUGAGUCUAUAUCCUCCGCUGUGUCCUCAGACGACCCCGUAUGGUCCCCUCAUCUUGCAGGACUCCGCAGACUUCUCGCAUAUCCACCAUUAACAGCCUUUAAAGGUGGUCCCGUUAGCCCUCAUACCUCUAUGAGGUUCCUAUGUGGCCUCAAAUGACUGUGCGUUAUCCUGCUGCACCCUCACUUAACACUCAACUGCGCCAAACUUUAUAAACCGCUGCGCCUGUCUAUCUUUUCAUGCUUAACACUCAUAUUUCAUGAUUAGUAACCCACUUUCUUAUCAAUAUGCGGAUUCUUCCGGGAAUUAAAUGCGUUUAUUUUUAACACUUUCCAUGUGCGCCAGUUUCUCGCCAUUAUUCCGCCUUAUUCGAACACGUACACAAGUCUGGCUGCUCAGAUAGAAAUAUCUAGAACUGUCUGACUGUAAUCCAGAAACACCUGCAACUGCUUUUGUUUCUAUUCUUAACAUUAUUUAACAUUUGGAUAUUUUAGCACUUGUUUGCUUGAGUGUGUGAUUGGUCAAGUGUGUGUUGAACCUUGUGUCGUCUGGUUUUGUGUACGCAUGACUAUCUUUUGAUCGGGUGCCAACUAUCCGACCUUCAUGCUGAUGACGGUCACCCAUAUGACUACUUUCCAGCUAAGAUAUAAGGACAUAGGACAUGGCUUAGAGGUCAGAGCAAAUUAGAAUAUUAUUUGGUUAAAAUUAAACAGCUAGAUGGCUUAUGUCUGACCCAUUUAAAGAAUAAAGGGUUUAUUGUUAACAGGGCUUUUUUUCCUGCAAAUUCAAGAUAUCAAUAAUAGUUUUCAGCUUACCUAGAACUCAGGUGUGGAGACUAGAUCUUACUUUUGUCAUUUAUAGAUGUUUUUAGGUGGAGUUCACCUUAACCGCUCUCUUCCAAACAAGUCAUACAACAAAACUAGUUUCUCCUGUACUAAAACAGGACCGACACAUAAUCAAAACAACAUUUCAGGACUGUGAGGGCAGCUGCCGGUGAUUAUGGAGGAUUGUGUGCUGCAUGCACACCCAAUACAUUCAUAUUAAGGAACAGCACAUUGUUAUCUUGACUUGCUUCUGCAUACUUCCUGUCGACAAUCGGAUCACAUGAUCACUUAACAACCACAAAGAAACUGAACGUUAGAUAGCAGAGACACAAAAUGGUCUAAAAGAAACAGAACAAAUGCGUCUCUGUUCAGUAGCCUAAUAAUUCCAGAGAGCACACAGCAUAUGAGGCUGUUUGUGACAACAUAAAUGGAUUUCUUUGUGUUUUAAAUGAAUGAAAUGUAUUUUUAUUUGGUGUAUUGCUGUGUUAUGUGGACUGGGUUGGCAAAUUGAUGAAAUUUUAUAUACAACUAAUCACAGAUUUUCAGUAGUUAAUUGCAGUCCACCAGGUUUUUAUAGUCGUGAUGUUUUGCACUUGAGUGUCUUGAUUUGUAAAUGAACUUUAUGUCAUGAGAUGUACUUUUUGAUCUUGAUUUUUACAACUUUUUAAAUUCAAUAAAUAUCAUAGUGCACCUUUAGUGUGGUCUAAAACUGUGACUUAGAGGUAGAGGACAGCUUUGCAGUAUUUAAUCUGUCAAAUACGAGAUUUUUUUAUUUAUAGUGUCAAAGGAUAAAACUGGAACAAGUCAAGAAAUACAUAGGAGUGCAUGUGCAAAAGGUCUGGUGUCAACAUGGUGGACAGUCAUUCAGAAAUAGAGAUAUUCAGUGAUUUUGAUUGCUCACUUGCAAACAGAUUCCUGGUUCACUUUAGUUUUAUGGUAGUUGAUGCUCUCCAAAAUAUUGCUCUGCAGGCUUUUGUGUUGCACUUGUCCAUGUGUCUGAUCAGCUGCUCCCGGAUAAUUAGCGUAUAGAUGGUGGCUCAUAGUCACAGUUCUUGGAUCAUAUUUGAAUCCCAUUUGAUGCAAAAUGGUGCACAGUGAUGUAGCGGUGGUUUGGUUGUCAAAGGAGAAAUAAUUUCAUUUCUGACUUAAAACACACCAAGCCAAUACGUUAAGCCUUAAAGCUCUCCACAUUUUUAAAGUUAUAACUUUUAAGGCAGUUUUGCUUGAAUUGAUUUGGUGGCUAAAGAGACAAAAUACAUGGGAUACAGUGUGCACAUGUGUGGUGGUGUCCAAGAUACCUUUAGUCGUGUGCCUGCUUCAAGCCCAAAACCUACAGGAUCUGCAUUGAUCGCAUUCUGUCAGCGUCAUGCCUCUGCUCUGUUAGGCAGCGCUCUUCAUUGCCCACAGGAUGCGUGUUUGGAGCGUGGCAGCAGUAUAGUACAUAGUACAGUAUAGUAAUUUGGAUAGCUUCUAUACGUGAAAAAGCAGCACGAUUUUAAAGUUUCAAUUUUUGCAGGUUUACUCGUGUUUAGUAAGGUAAACUAUGCUCCAUUAUGCUUUUACCUUCAGACAGAGAUAACAGCUAAAAAUCCUAGCAUCUAAAACUGAGUCUUCAGUGGUCCUGGUGGGUCAGCUAGGCAGAGAGCUCAGGGAAGACACUUAGUAACAGGUCAGGCUGGGACUUGAACAAGUAGGGUGUCUGAUUUUACUGCAAGCCAAGGCAAACUGCACCCAGACUGUCCUAAUCUAAAAUUCUAAAUACAUUCUGGGUAGGGCUGGGCAAUAUGGGAAAAAGUUUAUGAGGAUGUAUUUUUUUCAUAUCAGUCGAUAUCGAUAUAUCAAGAUUUAAAAAAUGAGAACAUGUACUCAACAUAACUUGCAGUGCACAUUACUCUUCUUCAUGUCCGGCCUCAAAAAACUAAAUAUCUCCACAGCAGCGAUGUUUUUGUGCCAGUGUUGUCGGCGAUGUUGUCAUCUGUUGAGCCUUCAUCUGCAUUUUUGCUGGGGGUAGCGCUCAUUUUCUUUUUUUUCACCGACAGUGCUGUCAGCGUCACGUGUUAAUGUGCUAUGGUUGCGUGUAGCUGCAGCCUGCUACUACACAGUUGUUUGCUACUUGGUUCUAAUUCAGCACGAUUGGUACAGCGCGAAGCAGACCCGGAGCAACCCGCCUUUUCACUGGCUACUUGUAUAGUCUACCAAAACAUGGCAGAAUGCUGUCUAUCAAAAAGCAUAUUGACCAUGUUUUAUAUUCAUAUUGAGGGAAAUUAAUUUUCAAUAGCGUUAUAGUUUUAUCGCCCAGCCCUAAAUGCAAGCCAGGGCAAACUGCACCCAAACUGUCCUAAUCUAAAUAAACCCUGGGCACUGUGUGAAAAUCCACAGCCACAAAUGGAUGCACCAGAUGCAAACAAGAGUCUACAAGACAUGCCCCCUAACUCAGCCAACUCAAGCAGGGUCUCAAAGUUGUAUUUUUACACUGUGUUAUUGAAUGUCAUUUAUAAUGUUAAGACUUGAGCUGGAAUUUCAUGAUUCAGAAUGAUGACAUACUUUUUAGCCCAGUAGUCAUAAGCUGGUUAGCGCUCUCGAGCGCCUUUGCUUUUCACACCCACACAGAUAAACAUUAUCCUGCCUCCUCAUACUCCUCUCCCUGCUCUCCCCUCUCCUCUUGCUUCAUCCUACUCCUCUCCCUGCAGUGGCACUCCACUAAUCUUAGCAGUAGCUGCAGCUUCUGAGCUGCUUAUGAUGAAGUGAAAGUGAGAGCAGUUUGAGGGGAGGGGUAAAAAAAGCAUUGUGCAGUUUUGGUUUUCCAUAAUUGACUCCUAAAGUCAACACAAGUGAAGUUAAUGAACUGGUCGGGCCGCUCUUGGUUGUGCUAGUCUGCUUUGUUUUAUCUGUAACCAUUUCUCUGAAAAAUACCAAUGGCGCUUUUGCUUUAAGCUCCGACACUUCGUGCUGGGCGUUCAAUACCACCCUCAGAGUCAUCAACUCCUUACUGAAGAAAACUCUUUAUAGAUGUCAUGUGGAAAUCAUUGUGGUUGAGAAGUUGCUUAAAGUUAAAUGAUUAGAGGAAUUUCUGAGUCCUAAAAAAAGAGGAGCAAAGUUCAGACCAGCUGAGUGUUGUUUUUAGAUUGAAUGUUUACAGGCUGCAGUGAAAGAGAGGUUUUUUUUUUUUUUUGGCUGCUGCACUUCAUGCCAAAGAAAACUACAAACUUCAGCUAAUUAUGGCCAAAUAUGGAGAAAAGACGAGGUCUAAAAUACAUCAUCCUGACCCAAAAAGUAAAACAUCACUGAGAAGCAUUUCAGUGUGUGUCUGUGUUUGUGUGUGUGUGUGUGUGUGUGUGUGUGUGUGUUACAGUAAGAUGUUAAAUUUCCUGGUUAAACAGAGAGAAGAGGAGACUUCAAUGGGAUUUUUUAAAUUUAUGCUCACUUUGUGUUCGUUCCUUGGGAUGUAAAUAGUUCUUAGGUUAAAAAAAAAAUGGAAAAGACUGAAACGGUCUGUAAUGUGUGCUGUGUAACCUUGAGUUCAAAGGUUUUACAAUAAGUUCAUAUUUUUGUCUCUAACAGGCUUAAAUUGUUAUCUAGUGUCUGAUGACCUUACAGAAAAAGACAGAGAAACAGCUUUAAAUUGCUGCUUUCGUACCCACAAGAGUACACUGAUUAAAGACAGGAAUUUAUUACAAAGAAAAACACACGCUGCUUUACAGCUGCUUCUUUCUCUUUGUUUGGACCAUAUAAAACACUUGAGUCAUUCAGGGAUGUUUUCUUCGUCCUAAUUACUGAUGUUAUUUUUUUGUUCUGGUUGUUUGGAGCACAAAAGUCUCCUGCGCUGAUACUGAACCAACAUUUUCUGUGUGUGUGUGUCCCUCAGGAGCAAGCGAUCGCUCUGACAGCCAUGUUUGUGACCAUUCUGGGUCCCUCCGGCUGGAUCCUGGCACACCUGGAGGACUAUAAGACAAAGAAGUAA